AUGAAUCAGGUAUUCAAAAACCUUAAUGGUCCGUGUGUGGUUGUUUAUUUUGAUGACAUUUUGGUGUUUAGUAAGGAUGUCAAUCAACAUCUUCGUCACCUUCGGCAAGUUUUUUCGAUUCUCCGAGAACAAAAGCUUUAUGCCAAUAGAGCUAAGUAUCAAUUUUUAUCACAGGAAGUCCUUUUCUUGGGAUAUAAAAUCUCCAAACAAGGAAUUAGCAUGGAUAAAGCGAAAAUUGAAGCAAUCAUAACAUGGCCCACACCUACCUCAAUUCACGAAGUCUGUAGCUUUCACGGUUUGGCGUCAUUAUAUCGUCGUUUUAUUCGGAAUUUCAGCUCUAUUGUUGCUCCUAUUACUGAUUGUCUCAAAAGUGGUGUUUUCGUGUGGACACCAGCAGCUUCAGUUGCAUUUGAAGAACUUAAUAAACGGGUCACCCAAGCUCCCGUGCUAGCACUCCCUAAUUUUCAUCUUGUUUUCCAGGUGAAAUACGACGCUUCUAGGCUGGGUAUCGGCGGGGUUCUCAGUCAAGAAAACCGGCCUAUUGCUUUUUUAGUGAAAAAUUAA